AUGGCGCCCACGGCGAAGGAUGACGAGGGAGCUGCGACGUUGAAGGCAAUGGCACCGAAGCCUGACGAAGUAGCUGCGACAUUGAAGCCUCCGCCGACAUUGAAGCCAGCGACAUCGAAGCCUCCGCCGACACGCGACACCCCUGCGAUAUCCAAGUCUGCGCUGACUGCGCCGACUGCCUCGACUGCCCCAACACGCGAAGCACCUGCGCCAGCGAAGCCUCCACCACCACGCGAAACCCCUGUAUCCGGACUCCAGCAAUGCAUCGCCGACGAGUUUAAGCAGUUGAUGAAGCACGAAGAGGCGCUGCAGGCGUUGUGGCAGCGCGUCAAGGAGGGGGAACAGCAACAACCACUGUCAAAGGAAGUCGCCUCGGCUGGCCGACAGUACGCGCAACAACUCCAGGCUGCUGCGGUCCCCGCGCGACAGAGACGGAGGCAUCUCUUGCAAUGGGAUGUGGGGCGACGGUCGCUGUCGGCAAAAGCCAUACAACGAUCAGACGCUGUGAUCAAGGGUUGGGGAGAAGGAGCAGCGGCGGCCGAGGAGCACAAGCACAGCGACGACCAUGGCCAGCUUGCGCAGCAACCAAAGGCAUCAUGGCAAGGCAAAGAAGCCGACAAGGCCGCCACCACGCUUGUCAAUCCUUCUCUUGGUCGAGGCGAGCUUGUUGCACGUCGCUGCGCGAUGAUGCUCAUAGGAUUGGUGGCAGUGUUGCUGAUAUGCUACGCGACCUUCCACCAACCUCGGCCACUCACACUGUCGAAUCAAACUCUGGAUGUCCUCGGACAGCCCAAGCGGAUCACGCCGCGCAUCUCGCAGCGUCUCUCUUCGAUCGAAACAGCGCUGCAGGCCACCAUAUCCGACAUGAACGGGCUGCUGGCUCCAGAAGCUCGAGAAGCGUACGACCGAGCGCACGAAUAUGUGCAGCGGGUGCGGCAGCUAUGGGUCGACAACGGCGCCAUCUUCGAUCAACCACUCGACAUGGACGUGCGCACGGCAACGCGUCUCCACGAGAUCGCCGACUACGCGGGCAACCACUGGUGGCACAUGUCGACGAUUCUUAGCUGGCCGGCACUGUCAUAUGUGUUGCCCACUGCAGCGGCAUGGCCAUGGGUCAGCAACCGUGCCGGGUUGCAGAUGGGAGCCGUGCUGGCCAGACACCAGGAAGACAAGAGGCUCUGGGCGCAGCGUGCCAGCGAAGCAGCAGCACAGGGUCGGCGAUAUCUUGCCGCAGCGCAAGACGAGCUGCUUACGGCGCAGACGUUGUGGUUGCCAAUCGAGGCCAAGGAGGCGUUGACGCCCGAGGGGGUCGAGGUGGUGGCGGCGUCGCAGCGUGGCAGCGUCAUGGCGACACAGCUGCAGAAUGUGCGGGAAAAGAUUGGAGAGGAGGACAUGGGGACAUCGACGGUGUUGACUCGAGUCUGGGCAUCGUCAUCGUCAUCGUCAGCGGCGAAGAGGAGCAGGGAAUUGUUGGAGCAGGAUAAUAACAAGAAGGAUGGUGUGGAUGAUGGGCUGGCGGCACACAACAACAAGAUACGUGAGGAACUCCUGACUCAACCUCUGCCUGAGCUCCGCCAUUGGGCCCGCCGCAUUCGUUCUGUAGCCGAGUGCCGGCUGGAGCCGGGCUGUAGUGUGGUCUGA